AUUUUGGAAUCCCCUUUUAAAAAAAUAAAUGUUUCAUGAUCCUCCUCUUCAAACUCUCCGUUUGUACUCUCUUUAGUUUUUAUUGACAUCUCUGUCAUGGGGCAACUCAUCUGACAAGUUUAUUGAAGGCAAAUGAUAGUGAUGACUACAGUGCUUUGCACACAGAUUGUCAAUAACGAUCUGAUUGUUCAGGGAACACUUAGAGAUGGGGCUCAGGCAUCUGUGAGCCAGUCAGGGUAAGUUUUGUGCCAUUGAACUGGUAACCUCCUGAAAAUUCAUAAUAACCAAGGUUUAUUACAAGCUCACAAGGUGCCAGGCACUGAAUUAGGUACUUUACAUUUAUGACUGAAUCCUCAAAAUCCUAGAAGUGGGUCUCAUUGCCCACAGUUUCCAGAUGAGGAAACUGAGCUUCAGGGAGGUCGAACAACUUUCCCAAGGCCACAGGCUAGCAAACGACUGGCAGACCGUUAGGCCUUUCCCACAUUGCAGCUCUGGACGGCAGCAAGAGGGUCCCCAAGGGGUCCUUGCCAAGACUUGUAGUCUGAGGUCAACCUCUAAGUUGAUUAUUGCUUUCUUAUUGGAGGAAGAGUGAUAUUCUUGAAUAACCUUCCUCCUAAGGAAUCAUCUGUGUCCUCGUCACUCUAGUUAGUUGCUUCUAAGUCCUUUUCAAGAAAAAUUACAACGUGAGUUGGAUUCCUUAGUGGCAAGGAUCAGAGGAACUGCUUCUAGCUGAGAGCGUAGCUGUGUCCACAUGGGGCCAGUGGACUGGAUGACCCAGCGUUGUGGGUCUAGGGAGCCAAUACUCCAACCUGAAAUCAUCCCACAGGGCAACUGGUAUCUACUUUUCCAUUCAUCAGAUCUUUGAGUGUCUGGGUUGUUGUAUCAUUAUGUGGUAUAAGAAUACAGACGUGUGUGUGUUCUAUCAUGCUGCUCUUCGUCUGUCUAGUGUUGCGGAAAGCUCUGCUUCUUCAUGCGCUGUAGUAAUCCCCAUCACUCGGCUCUUGUGUGCACUAGAAAGUGGGUUUGCCCCCUCUGGGCUCUGCUCCACUGACCUACACCAUGCUCUCUACCAUUGUUUCUAUCCCGGACACCAAUUUUCCACCCAAGCUAUCUGAGUUGGGAUGGACUAAGUCAUUGGAAGUGACAGUCACUUAAAAAAAAUGGCAAAACUCAGGAAUGCAUGUUCAAAGGAAGCUUUGCAGAGAAGCAGGUUGCUCUUUUCUCCUUGUGUUCCUGAAUGAGACAACUGACUCUCCCCAAGCUGACUUCUUGCCUAGAUAAACUGAGUUAACUGUGAGGUCCCGCCAAAGGUUUUUUCACUAAGCAGUGCCUGGGGCUUUCACAAAGUGAAGUCACCUCUGCCUGCCAAGCAGGGACUUUCUAGCUAGUCGUGGGGGGAAAUGCAUAGCCUUCUCACUACUCCUACAGAAGAGAAAGUUUCUGUCAUCCUCCUACCUUCGCUGUGCCAGUGUAGAGUUCAUUCUGCCUGCGCCGAAAAUGCCCAGCUCAUCGUGUGUUGUCGAGCUAUCGACAAGAAGGGAGAUGGUGGACUACAAGUUGGAGAAUUGUUCGUUUUGCUGAAGAGGAGACUUGGGGGCAGAGUCAUCGUUCUACUUGGCUAAGUCAGUGGUCCUCCCGUCUAGUGCUGUGACUUGGAUGGGGCACCGAGGAGCAUUUGUUGGGUGAGCAUGAUUGCUCUUCAUCCAGCUUGGAGGGUUAGUCCUGGUGCCAAAUGCUCCUUCCUUCCCUUAACAGCCCAUUCUAAAUCAAUCUUCCAUGAAUUCAUCAAAAUGUGUUGGUAGCGCCUCAACUUUGCUGCUUCCAUGUCGAUGCCCCUGACGCAGUGAGGCCACUUGCGGGAGCUUCCUCAAACUGUUGUCUGAACUUUCCUCCCUUGAGUGUCUUCCAGCCACUCCAGGGAAAGUGUCCUUUUCCCUCGGCUCAUUUGCCAUCGUGGCCGUAUUUCAAUGUGCUCUUGGCUCCUGAUAGAUGAGUUGGGACACGCCUCAACGUGCUUUUGUCUCCUCUGAAAGAGGUUGAAUCUGGGAAGAGAGGAGGGAAAAAUAUAUGUGGGAACGGUUUAAUUGUAUCCAUGAGGAUUCUUAGUAAUCAGGAUGCCAGUGUGUGUUUUCCAGAGCCUAGAGCUGACAUAAAUAAUGUAGCGUACUUCGCUUUGUGCAGGCUUGCUGAGGAAUGCUGAUGGAGAAAAAGCCAAACUGGGAUCUGAAGCUCCCAGCUCCCAGCACAGCCUUUAAAAUCCUUUUAUGGAGCAGUAGUUUUGAAACUGUAGCCAGGGCCUCGGUGGGCUGUCUAUGCCAGGAGAAGCCGACAGAAGAGUGACUUUGGAGGAUCUAUCUGACUUGGGUUUUGGAGAAUGAGAACCUGGCGCAGCCUGGAUGGCUCCAGCUAAAGAUUGGUUCAUUUCGUUUUGCGUUCCUAAUCCCAGAAGGAAUAGGACAGCUCUGUCAAGGCCCUGAAAGCCGGGCAUUUGGGGUCUAGAAAAGAAGAUUAAAGCAGGAUCCGUUUAAUUUGUUUAGUUUGCCUCACAGACAUGAAGCUUCAGAAUGGUCGUCCCAUUCCACCUACAUCCUCGUCUAGCCUCCUCCCAUCUGCUCAGCUGCCUAGCUCCCAUAAUCCUCCACCAGUUAGCUGCCAGAUGCCAUUGCUAGACAGCAACACCUCCCAUCAAAUCAUGGACACCAACCCCGAUGAGGAAUUCUCCCCCAAUUCAUACCUGCUCAGAGCAUGCUCAGGGCCCCAGCAAGCCUCCAGCAGUGGCCCUCCAAACCACCACAGCCAGUCGACUCUGAGGCCCCCUCUGCCACCCCCUCACAACCACACGCUGUCCCAUCACCACUCGUCAGCCAACUCCCUUAACAGGAAUUCGCUGACCAAUCGGCGGAGUCAGAUCCACGCGCCAGCUCCCGCGCCCAAUGACCUGGCCACCACGCCAGAGUCCGUUCAGCUUCAGGACAGCUGGGUGCUAAACAGCAACGUGCCUCUGGAGACCCGGCACUUUCUCUUUAAGACCUCCUCGGGAAGCACACCCCUGUUCAGCAGCUCUUCUCCGGGAUACCCUUUGACCUCAGGAACCGUUUACACACCACCGCCCCGCCUGCUCCCCCGGAAUACCUUCUCCAGGAAGGCCUUCAAGCUGAAGAAACCCUCCAAAUACUGCAGCUGGAAAUGCGCCGCCCUGUCUGCCAUUGCCGCGGCCCUCCUCUUGGCUAUUCUAUUGGCAUAUUUCAUAGCAAUGCAUCUGCUCGGACUCAAUUGGCAACUCCAGCCGGCAGAUGGACACACCUUUAACAAUGGGAUAAGGACCGGCUUACCAGGAAACGAUGAUGUGGCAACAAUGCCAUCUGGAGGCAAAGUGCCCUGGUCAUUGAAAAACAGCAGCAUAGACAGUGGGGAAGCAGAAGUCGGUCGGCGUGUGACGCAAGAAGUCCCACCAGGCGUGUUUUGGAGGUCACAGAUCCACAUCAGUCAACCCCAGUUCUUAAAGUUCAACAUCUCUCUUGGGAAAGAUGCUCUCUUCGGUGUUUACAUACGAAGGGGACUUCCACCAUCUCAUGCCCAGUAUGACUUCAUGGAGCGUCUGGAUGGGAAGGAGAAGUGGAGUGUGGUUGAGUCACCCAGGGAACGCCGGAGCAUACAGACCCUGGUUCAAAACGAAGCCGUGUUUGUGCAGUAUCUGGACGUGGGCCUGUGGCACCUGGCCUUCUACAAUGAUGGCAAAGACAAAGAGAUGGUUUCCUUCAACACUGUUGUCUUAGAUUCAGUGCAGGACUGUCCACGUAACUGCCAUGGGAAUGGCGAAUGUGUGUCCGGGCUGUGUCACUGCUUCCCAGGAUUUCUAGGAGCGGACUGUGCUAAAGCUGCCUGCCCGGUCCUAUGCAGCGGGAAUGGACAGUACUCUAAAGGGACAUGCCAGUGCUACAGCGGCUGGAAAGGCGCCGAGUGUGAUGUGCCCAUGAAUCAGUGCAUCGAUCCUUCCUGCGGGGGCCACGGCUCCUGCAUUGAUGGCAACUGUGUCUGUUCCGCUGGCUACAAAGGCGAGCACUGUGAGGAAGUUGAUUGCUUGGAUCCUACCUGUUCCAGCCAUGGGGUCUGUGUCAAUGGAGAAUGCCUUUGCAGCCCUGGCUGGGGGGGUCUAAACUGUGAGCUGGCAAGGGUCCAGUGCCCAGACCAGUGCAGUGGGCAUGGCACAUACCUCCCGGACACGGGCCUCUGCAGCUGCGAUCCCAACUGGAUGGGUCCCGACUGCUCCGUUGAAGUGUGUUCAGUAGACUGUGGCACUCAUGGCGUCUGCAUCGGGGGAGCCUGCCGCUGUGAAGAGGGUUGGACAGGCGCAGCUUGUGACCAGCGCGUGUGCCACCCCCGCUGCAUUGAGCACGGGACCUGUAAAGAUGGCAAAUGUGAAUGCCGAGAGGGCUGGAAUGGUGAACACUGCACCAUUGAUGGCUGCCCUGAUUUGUGCAACGGCAACGGGAGAUGCACACUGGGUCAGAACAGCUGGCAGUGUGUCUGCCAGACCGGCUGGAGAGGACCCGGAUGCAACGUUGCCAUGGAAACUUCCUGUGCUGAUAACAAGGAUAAUGAGGGAGAUGGCCUGGUGGAUUGCCUGGACCCUGACUGCUGCCUGCAGUCAGCCUGUCAGAACAGCCUGCUCUGCCGGGGGUCCCGGGACCCCCUGGACAUCAUUCAGCAGGGCCAGACAGACUCGCCCGCAGUGAAGUCCUUCUACGACCGCAUCAAGCUCUUGGCAGGCAAAGACAGCACCCACAUCAUUCCUGGAGACAACCCCUUCAACAGCAGCUUGGUUUCUCUCAUCCGAGGCCAAGUCGUAACUACAGAUGGGACUCCCCUGGUUGGUGUGAACGUGUCUUUUGUCAAGUACCCAAAAUACGGCUACACCAUCACCCGCCAAGAUGGCACGUUUGACCUGAUCGCCAACGGAGGCGCCUCCUUGACCCUGCACUUUGAGCGAGCCCCAUUCAUGAGCCAGGAGCGCACCGUGUGGCUGCCGUGGAAUAGCUUUUAUGCCAUGGACACCCUGGUGAUGAAGACGGAGGAGAACUCCAUCCCCAGCUGUGACCUCAGUGGCUUUGUCCGGCCAGACCCAAUCAUCAUCUCCUCCCCUCUGUCCACCUUCUUCAGUGCUGCCCCUGCACAGAAUCCCAUCGUGCCUGAGACCCAGGUUCUUCAUGAAGAAAUUGAGCUCCCCGGUUCCAACGUGAAGCUUCGCUACUUGAGCUCCCGGACGGCAGGCUACAAGUCACUGCUGAAGAUCACCAUGACCCAGUCCACGGUGCCCCUGAACCUCAUCAAGGUCCAUCUGAUGGUAGCUGUAGAGGGGCACCUCUUCCAGAAGUCAUUCCAGGCCUCUCCCAACCUAGCCUACACCUUCAUCUGGGACAAGACAGAUGCAUACGGCCAAAGGGUGUAUGGACUCUCUGAUGCUGUUGUGUCUGUUGGGUUUGAAUAUGAGACUUGCCCCAGUCUAAUCCUGUGGGAGAAAAGGACAGCCCUCCUCCAGGGAUUUGAGCUGGAUCCUUCCAACCUUGGUGGCUGGUCCCUGGAUAAACAUCACAUCCUCAAUGUUAAAAGUGGAAUCCUACACAAGGGCACUGGGGAGAACCAGUUUCUGACCCAGCAGCCUGCCAUCAUCACCAGCAUCAUGGGCAAUGGCCGCCGCCGGAGCAUUUCCUGUCCCAGCUGCAAUGGCCUCGCCGAAGGCAACAAGCUGUUGGCCCCAGUAGCUCUGGCCGUUGGAAUUGAUGGGAGCCUCUUCGUUGGUGACUUCAAUUACAUUAGGCGCAUCUUUCCCUCUCGAAACGUGACCAGCAUCUUGGAGUUACGAAAUAAAGAGUUUAAACAUAGCAACAACCCGGCACACAAGUACUAUUUGGCAGUGGACCCCGUGUCCGGCUCUCUCUACGUGUCUGACACCAAUAGUCGGCGAAUCUACCGCGUCAAGUCUCUGAGUGGAGCUAAAGACUUAGCUGGGAAUUCGGAAGUCGUGGCAGGGACUGGAGAGCAAUGCUUGCCCUUUGAUGAAGCCCGCUGCGGGGAUGGAGGGAAGGCUGUGGACGCAACCCUUAUGAGCCCUCGAGGUAUUGCAGUAGACAAGAAUGGGCUCAUGUACUUUGUCGACGCCACCAUGAUCCGGAAGGUCGACCAGAAUGGAAUCAUCUCCACAUUGCUGGGCUCCAAUGACCUCACUGCCGUCCGGCCACUCAGCUGUGACUCCAGCAUGGACGUGGCCCAGGUUCGCCUGGAGUGGCCAACAGACCUUGCUGUCAACCCCAUGGACAACUCCCUGUAUGUUCUAGAGAACAAUGUCAUCCUUCGCAUCACAGAGAACCACCAAGUCAGCAUCAUUGCGGGACGCCCCAUGCACUGCCAGGUUCCUGGCAUUGACUACUCCCUCAGCAAACUAGCCAUUCACUCUGCUCUGGAGUCAGCCAGUGCCAUUGCCAUUUCUCACACUGGGGUCCUCUAUAUCACUGAAACGGAUGAGAAGAAGAUUAACCGUCUACGCCAGGUAACAACCAAUGGGGAGAUCUGCCUUUUAGCUGGGGCAGCCUCAGACUGCGACUGCAAAAACGAUGUCAAUUGCAACUGCUACUCGGGAGAUGAUGCCUACGCAACUGAUGCCAUCUUGAAUUCCCCAUCAUCCUUAGCUGUAGCUCCAGAUGGUACCAUCUACAUCGCAGACCUUGGAAAUAUUCGGAUCAGGGCAGUCAGCAAGAACAAGCCUGUUCUUAAUGCUUUCAACCAGUAUGAGGCUGCAUCCCCUGGAGAACAGGAGUUGUAUGUCUUCAACGCUGAUGGCAUCCACCAGUACACUGUGAGCCUGGUGACAGGGGAGUACUUGUACAAUUUCACAUACAGUGCUGACAAUGAUGUCACUGAAUUGAUUGACAAUAAUGGAAAUUCCCUGAAGAUCCGUCGGGACAGCAGUGGCAUGCCCCGCCACCUGCUCAUGCCCGACAACCAGAUCAUCACCCUCACAGUGGGUACCAACGGAGGUCUCAAAGUUGUGUCCGCACAGAACCUGGAGCUUGGCCUCAUGACCUAUGAUGGGAACACUGGCCUCCUAGCCACCAAGAGUGAUGAAACGGGAUGGACAACUUUCUAUGACUAUGACCAUGAGGGCCGCCUGACCAAUGUGACACGCCCCACGGGGGUGGUGACCAGUCUGCACCGGGAAAUGGAGAAAUCCAUCACCAUUGACAUUGAGAAUUCCAACCGUGAUGAUGACGUCACCGUCAUUACCAACCUGUCUUCAGUAGAGGCCUCCUAUACAGUGGUACAAGAUCAAGUGCGGAACAGUUACCAGCUCUGUAAUAACGGUACCCUGAGGGUGAUGUAUGCCAAUGGGAUGGGUGUCAGCUUCCACAGCGAGCCCCACGUCCUGGCGGGCACCAUCACCCCCACCAUUGGGCGCUGCAACAUCUCCUUGCCCAUGGAGAAUGGCCUAAAUUCCAUUGAGUGGCGCCUAAGAAAGGAACAGAUUAAAGGCAAAGUCACCAUCUUUGGCAGGAAGCUCCGGGUGCAUGGUAGAAAUCUUUUGUCCAUUGACUACGACCGGAAUAUUCGGACGGAAAAGAUCUAUGAUGAUCACCGGAAGUUCACUCUGAGGAUCAUUUACGACCAGGUGGGCCGCCCCUUCCUGUGGCUCCCCAGCAGUGGGUUGGCAGCCGUCAAUGUCUCUUACUUCUUCAAUGGACGGCUGGCUGGCCUUCAGCGCGGGGCCAUGAGCGAGAGGACGGACAUCGACAAGCAAGGCCGCAUCGUGUCCCGGAUGUUUGCCGACGGGAAGGUGUGGAGCUACUCCUACCUGGACAAGUCCAUGGUCCUCCUGCUUCAGAGUCAGCGUCAGUACAUCUUUGAGUAUGACUCCUCUGAGCGUCUCCAUGCCGUCACCAUGCCCAGCGUCGCCCGGCACAGCAUGUCUACCCACACCUCCAUCGGCUACAUCCGCAACAUUUACAACCCGCCUGAAAGCAAUGCUUCGGUCAUCUUUGACUACAGUGAUGAUGGCCGCAUCCUGAAGACGUCCUUUUUGGGCACUGGGCGCCAGGUAUUCUACAAGUAUGGAAAACUCUCCAAGUUAUCAGAGAUUGUCUAUGACAGUACUGCUGUCACUUUUGGUUAUGACGAGACCACUGGUGUUUUAAAAAUGGUCAACCUUCAAAGUGGGGGCUUCUCCUGCACCAUCAGGUACCGGAAGAUUGGCCCACUUGUGGACAAGCAGAUCUACAGGUUCUCCGAGGAAGGUAUGGUCAACGCCAGGUUUGACUACACCUAUCAUGACAACAGCUUCAGGAUCGCAAGCAUCAAGCCCGUCAUAAGUGAGACUCCCCUUCCUGUUGACCUCUACCGCUAUGAUGAGAUUUCCGGCAAGGUGGAACACUUUGGCAAGUUUGGAGUCAUCUAUUAUGAUAUCAACCAGAUCAUCACGACCGCUGUCAUGACCCUCAGCAAACACUUUGACACCCAUGGGAGGAUCAAGGAAGUCCAGUACGAGAUGUUCCGGUCCCUCAUGUACUGGAUGACAGUGCAGUAUGACAGCAUGGGAAGGGUGAUCAAGAGGGAGCUAAAACUGGGGCCCUAUGCCAACACCACUAAGUACACCUAUGACUAUGAUGGGGAUGGGCAGCUCCAGAGUGUGGCUGUCAAUGACCGCCCAACCUGGCGCUAUAGCUAUGACCUCAAUGGGAACCUCCAUUUGCUAAACCCAGGCAAUAGUGUGCGCCUUAUGCCCUUGCGCUAUGACCUCCGGGAUCGGAUAACCAGACUCGGUGAUGUGCAGUACAAAAUUGACGACGAUGGCUAUCUGUGCCAGCGGGGUGCUGACAUCUUUGAGUACAACUCCAAGGGCCUCCUAACGAGAGCCUACAACAAGGCCAGUGGGUGGAGUGUCCAGUACCGCUACGACGGUGUGGGGCGGCGGGCUUCCUACAAGACCAACCUGGGCCACCAUCUGCAGUAUUUCUACUCCGACCUCCACAACCCGACUCGCAUCACCCAUGUCUACAAUCACUCCAACUCGGAGAUAACCUCACUCUAUUAUGACCUCCAAGGUCACCUCUUUGCCAUGGAGAGCAGCAGUGGGGAGGAGUACUACGUUGCCUCGGAUAACACGGGGACUCCCCUGGCUGUGUUCAGCAUCAACGGUCUCAUGAUCAAACAGUUGCAGUACACAGCCUAUGGGGAGAUUUAUUAUGACUCCAACCCUGACUUCCAGAUGGUCAUUGGCUUCCAUGGGGGACUCUAUGAUCCCUUGACCAAGCUGGUCCACUUCACUCAGCGUGAUUAUGAUGUGCUAGCAGGACGAUGGACCUCUCCAGACUAUACCGUGUGGAAAAAUGUGGGCAAGGAGCCGGCCCCCUUUAACCUGUAUAUGUUCAAGAGCAACAAUCCUCUCAGCAAUGAGCUGGACUUGAAGAACUACGUGACAGAUGUGAAAAGCUGGCUUGUGAUGUUUGGAUUUCAGCUUAGCAACAUAAUUCCUGGCUUCCCGAGAGCCAAAAUGUAUUUCGUGCCUCCUCCCUAUGAAUUGUCAGAGAGUCAAGCAAGUGAGAAUGGACAGCUCAUUACAGGUGUCCAGCAGACAACAGAAAGGCACAAUCAGGCCUUCAUGGCCCUUGAAGGGCAGGUCAUUUCUAAAAAGCUCCACGCCACCAUCCGAGAGAAAGCAGGCCACUGGUUUGCCACCACCACACCCAUCAUCGGCAAAGGCAUCAUGUUUGCCAUCAAAGAAGGGCGGGUGACCACCGGUGUGUCCAGCAUCGCCAGCGAGGACAGUCGCAAGGUAGCUUCCGUGCUGAACAAUGCCUACUACCUGGACAAGAUGCACUACAGCAUCGAGGGCAAGGACACCCACUACUUUGUGAAGAUCGGCUCGGCCGACAGUGACCUGGUCACGCUGGGCACCACCAUCGGCCGCAAGGUGCUGGAGAACGGGGUGAACGUGACCGUGUCGCAGCCCACACUGCUGGUCAACGGCAGGACUCGAAGGUUCACCAACAUUGAAUUCCAGUACUCCACACUGCUGCUCAGCAUCCGCUACGGCCUCACUCCCGAUACCCUGGAUGAAGAGAAGGCCCGUGUCCUGGACCAGGCGAGACAGAGGGCCCUGGGCACCGCCUGGGCCAAGGAGCAGCAGAAAGCCAGGGACGGGAGAGAGGGGAGCCGCCUGUGGACUGAGGGCGAGAAGCAGCAGCUCCUGAGCACGGGACGUGUGCAAGGUUAUGAGGGAUAUUACGUGCUUCCUGUAGAGCAAUACCCAGAGCUUGCAGACAGUAGCAGCAACAUCCAGUUUUUAAGACAGAAUGAGAUGGGAAAGAGGUAACAAAAUAAUCUGCUGCCAUUCCUUGUCUGGAUGGCUCAGCGGGACUAACUGUUAUCUCCUCUCCUAAGGAGAUGAAGACGUAACAGGGGCACUACGGCCGGGCUGCUUUAGGAUACCAAGUGGCAAGAAAGCUCACAUUUUUUGAGUUCAAAUGCUACUGUCCGAGCAAGAAGUCCCACAUCCUGAAGUAGACUCAAGCCUGGCUGAAAAUUCUGAGGAAAACGAAACAAACGAAUGAAUGAAUGAACACACCACAUGUUCUAAGUUCCCCUAAAAUAUGACCCACUUGUUCUGGGUCUACGCAGAAAAGAGACGCAAAAUGUCCAAAAGGAGCAAAAGAACAAAAAAACAAAAAAACGAAAAAGCAAAACAAACACACCGACGGAAAAACGAAGAAAUGAAGAGGAGAGGGCCUCAUCUUCAAUUACCUCACUCAUUCACACGUGAGCGGCGCAGAGACAUCGCGGGGGCGCGCAUCACCGGACCAGCCGGGGAGAGCGAUUCCGACCGCUUGUUGGACAAAUAAGUAUACAGACAUUUUCGUUUAAACAAAUACAGGUGCAUUUAAAACACGACUUUGGGGGUGAUUUGUGUGUAGCGACUGGGGAGGGAGGGGUUACAAGUGGAAGAGUGAGCACUGGAAAUACUUUUUAAAGGAAAAAAAACAAAAACACAAGAAAAAAAAGGAAAUUAAUAUCAUCAAAAAUCAAAGCGAAAUAAUACCGUUCAGCACUUAACUCUCAGGUCCCAACUUAGUCCGGCCUGAGCUAAUUUAUUUGAGCGCAGAGUGUAAAAUUUAAUUCAAAAUGGUGGCUAUAAUCACUACAGAUAAAUUUCAUACUUUUUUGUCUUUGGAGAUUCCAUUGUGGACAGUACUACGCAGUCACAGGGUGUAGUCUGUUUAGAUUCCGUAGUUUGUGGGUAUCAGUUGCAGUAGAGGUGUGACAUUGUGGCACUCUUUUGCUAACGGGCACCACUUCAGAUCACCCUGUACAUACAUAAGCCUCAAGGCACAAUCACUGUUUCAGAUUUAAAAUUAUUAGUGUGUUUGUUUGGUCCAGAAACUGAGACAAUCACAUGACAGUCACCACGAGGAGAGAAAAUAAAAAAUUUAAAAAAAAAAUCCACAAAAACAAAAAAAAAAUCAAAAAACAAAAAAAAAAUGUCUAAUAAGAACUUUGGUACAGGAACUUUUUUGUAAUAUACAUGUAUGAAUUGUUCAUCGAGUUUUUAUAUUAAUUUUAAUUUGCUGCUAAGCAAAGACUAGGGACAGGCAAAGAUAAUUUAUGGCAAAGUGUUUAAAUUGUUUAUACAUAAAUAAAGUCUCUAAAACUCCUGUGGA